AUGUGGUUCAGAAACGACCUGCGACUCCAGGACAACAGAGCUCUGUACGGGGCGUCCAUGCGAUCCAAGGUUGGCGCCAGGUGUCUCAUUGCGCUGUAUAUCAUUUCAGAGGAAGAAUGGGAAGAACAUGACGAGGCAGCCGUCAAGAUCGACUUUUGGAUGAGAAACCUGGCCAGCCUGAAGACUUCUCUGGACAAGUUGGCGAUCCCGUUAGUCGUCAAGACUGCGAAACACAAGACAGAUGUUGUGGGAGUGGUUGAAUCCGUCGUACGUGAGAUGGAUAUCAGUCAUGUAUUCUGGAAUGCGGAGCUGAUGAUUGACGAGAGGCGAAGAGAUGCCGCGGUCAGGAAGAGGCUGUUGAAAAUCUCCAAUGUUCGCGUUGAGGAGUGCGACGACCAGUGUGUUGUUAACCCACUGGAGGUUCGAACCAAAACUGGAAACCCAUAUGCGGUCUUCACGCCGUUCUACAACACAUGGUGCAAACUUGUCGAGACCGAACCCCACUACUUGGAGCUGUCCGAAGCGCCGGAUGAGAACCCACCUGAGGCGAGAGAACUCUAUGUAAAUUACUUUAAGGCUGACGUACCGUCUUCUCAUCCACAUGAUCUGGACAUCGACGAAGUCAACCGUCUUUACCCUGCUGGAGAAGAGGAGGCACACAACAGGGUACAUGCAUUCAUCAAGACUAAGGGGAAGGUCUAUCACGAGGGCCGCAAUACUCCAUUCCAAGAAGGCACAAGUGUCAUGAGCCCUUAUAUCAGCUCCGGUAUCAUUUCAGUGCGCCAGUGCAUUGUCCUUGCUCGGGUAGCCAACAAUAACAAAAUCACAACUGGAAACGAGGGAUUAAAAUUCUGGAUCAAGGAACUGGGUUGGAGAGAGUUUUAUAGGAACAUUCUCGUGUGUUUCCCUCGUGUAUGCAUGAACAGAGCCUUCCAGUUAAAGACCGAGAAAGUUCAAUGGGAUGAGAACGAGGAAAAUUUUCAGCGGUGGUGUGACGGUAAGACCGGGUUCCCGAUUGUCGAUGCAGGCAUGCGACAGCUAAACUCGAUCGGAUUUAUGCAUAAUCGUCUGCGGAUGAUCACAGCCUGCUUCCUUGUCAAGGAUUUGCUCAUCGACUGGCACAAGGGCGAGCGAUACUUUAUGCAGCGACUCAUCGACGGCGACCUGGCGUCCAAUAACGGGGGUUGGCAGUGGAGCGCCUCAACUGGAACGGAUGCUCAGCCAUACUUCCGUGUCUUCAACCCGCUUUUGCAAUCACAGAGAUUUGAUCCAAAGGGCGAAUACAUUCGCAAGUGGAUACCAGAACUGAGAGGGUUGAACGACAAACAGAUCCACGAACCUUAUCAUGCCCUUCCAUCCAAGGAGUUCUUGAAACUUGGAUAUCCCACACCGAUUGUGGAUCAUGCGGCAGCAAAGAAGAAAUACGUUGACGAGUUCAAGCGCGUCCUCGCACUCGAUCAAUCCAACGUAGCCUCGUUAUGA